AUGGCGGAUGAUACGCGGCAGUCUGACACUUCACCUGCUGAUGAAAAGCCUCAGUCAGAUGCCCGUCCUUUCACACGACCGAAGCCCAAGCAUGACUUCCCAAAAACCCAAGCUGGGAAGAUGUGGGAAAUGCUUGGGAAUCCUGCGGAGCCCGCAAAUGCCUUGCCUGGAGGAACGUACAACUCAGCAGGCGGUAAACCUCCCGAGGUGACUUGGAGGGAUGCCUUCAACUUCUCCUACGAAGGAAAAGGCCCUUCAUGGUACCAAGUACCUUGCGCAAGAGAUGCACUGCUUGUCGGAAUAGCUUCUGGGGGGGCAGUCGGAGGUGUUAGAUUUAUAUUGAGAGGGCUCUCUUCUAUGUUGAUUACCACCAACCUGGCAGUCGCUGGAUUUGCACUCUCGGCCUCCGGAAUGUACUACUGGUGCGACCAAAGACGACGCGAGGAAGCUAGAGGCAUGGCAAUGGCUGUUCAAGGCAUGAAGAUGCUUCAUGAGAAGAAAGCUCGGGAGAAGGCGGCUGAGGAAGCUGCGCGCGCAGCCGCAGCCGCAGCCGCAGACAUUGAGGAGCAGGAACGGAAACGGAGAGCUCACUGGUACAAAUUCUGGUAA